UACAUACUAAGCCCCGCCCGCCGUGGCGAGCAUGUUCGCACAUCCACCCGGGAUCAUCCGCAGAAAAGGAAGAAAAUCGCAGGCUGUCAGAAAAGUUUUCCUUCGGGGACAGGAUCGGGCUCGAUCGGGCAGAGGACAGUCGCGGGAACGCGCUCGCGGGAUUAUUAAUAUUCACAAUAAACUGAUAUUCAUCAUGGACGCGCUGAAAUCAGCCGGACGCGCGAUCAUUCGCAGUCCCAGCCUAGCGAAACAGUCCUGGAUCUCUGGAAAACAUAAAAAGCUGCCGGAGAACUGGACGGACACGCGGGAGACGCUGCUGGAGGGGAUGGUGUUUCAGCUGAAGUAUCUGGGCAUGACGCUGGUGGAGGAACCCAAAGGAGAAGAGCUCUCGGCCGCUGCGGUCAAGAGAAUCGUUGCCACUGCUAAAGCUGGUGGGAAGAAGCUUCAGAAGGUGACGCUGAAGGUUUCUCCUCGAGGGAUCGUUCUCUACGACAGCGUAUCAAACCAGCUAAUAGAGAACGUGUCCAUAUACAGGAUAUCGUACUGCACAGCUGAUAAGAUGCAUGAUAAAGUGUUCGCCUACAUCGCUCAGAGUCAACGCAACGAAACGCUGGAGUGUCACGCGUACCUCUGCACCAAGAGGAAAGUGGCUCAGGCGGUGACGUUAACGGUGGCUCAGGCGUUCCGUGUGGCGUUUGAGUUUUGGCAGGCUGCUAAAGAAGAGAAAGAGAAGCAGGUGAAGAGUGGAUCAGAUGGAGAAGCGGCGAGCAGCUCUCAGUCCGAGAGUUCAGCCAGCCUGGGCAGCACGAGAGGAGGAGAGGUGGCCACUGGAGAUCUACUGGACUUUGAAUGUGGAGUAAAAGAUCAUUCGGGAAAAGACGCCACACACCCGAUACAGAACCUCAGCACAGAGAACAACAACACUGUAUGGGAGCUUGAGGAUGGUCUAGAUGAGGCUUUCUCAAGACUCGCUGAGUCUCGCACGAACCCCCAGGUGCUGGACAUUGGGGUAAACCCUCAGGACUACAACCCUGAAGAGUGCUUGUCGCCUAGCAACUGGGACAAAGCCGAAGCUGAGGCUGCCGAGGACGCGUUCGGGUUCUGAUCGGAGUGAGCUGAUGAAACGUCACAAAGGGAAUCGAGCUCGCGGCGCCCUCUGGUGGCCGUCGCUGGUACCGCUGGUACUGAACGUGAUGAAUUCCACAAAAGCACAGACCAAAGCAAUACAGUAUAAUAUUUUUGCUUUCCCCCCAUUUUAUUUCAAGUACAAUUAUAUUUUCUGUUACUUUUCUUAAUUUUUUAUGUAUGUAUAUGACAAUAACUGUAUCAUAUUUGGUCAUUUAUUAUUAUUAAUAUUAUUUUUAAUGGAUUUGAUUGCUGAGACUAGCUUUGCGAUUCUAUGCAGUCGAAUGUCAGAAUAUAAACUGCAUACUAAAGAGUUAAAUGUCAUGUUUGAGGAUUGUGUGGAGUGGGGUUGCUUUUUUAGGGUUUGUAUAUGUAAGUCAUCAGCCCUCACACGAAAACGAGAUUAAGAAAGAACGUACAUAAUAGACAAAAAAAGAGAAGGCAGGGUAUUUAUAUGAGACAAUCUUAUUUUUUUCUAUUAAAAUGUAUUUUUGCACUCCUGCAUCUGUUUCUAAAGCUCAUGAUUUAAUUUCUGCUCAACAUAUGCCAUGGUUAUCAUCAUGUUAUCUUUAUUACCCAUCCAUUACAGUGUAAAGAUUGUAAUAUCAUGGUAUUAUAAGGAUUUCGAUGAAAAUCGUGGUAUUAUCAUCAUGGUAGUGUCUAAAAAAGAAAACCAAUGGAUCUCCAUGUUAAUGGAAACACCGGUUUUGUAACAUUUACACAUAUUCCUCCGCCCAAAAAUACACAAGUACAGCAAUUAUUUUUUCAUCAACUUAAACACUUGCUUGUGUUGAAAUAUAAACAUACGCAAAAACUGCAAUUUAAAACUGUGGAUUUGAUUGAAAGAAAAUGCAGGCGGUUGUUUUGUGGUUUACAUUGACGCUUGUCUUUAGGUUUGAUCAGACUUCAUAAGGGAAGUUUAUAACCCUCAGUGUUAGUUUCUGUUUGCAUUAAUCAUUUCAUGUUCAUGAAUUAAAACUGUGAUAAAA